AUGCUAUCUAUGGUAAUUAACAUACAUAAAAAUAAUUCUAAAGAUCUAUGUGCACAAUACAUAAAUCAUGUGUGGCUGACAGAAAGAGCCAUUUCGAAAGUAAAAAAUGUGGACGUCGACGAUUUAAACUUCAAGAUACAGCAGUCGGUGCCAGGCGACUUGGUAUCUUACAAAUCAGUUGAUACAGUUUGCGACGCCGACGAAGCUGUAAAUUAUCCAACAGUUUUUGAACUCACUGCAUUUGCCAGACAUGCCACCACACCUGUGACUGAAAGUUGGAUGUCCGGUUAUUUUACUUUCAAAUUUGAACCUACCACGAUUGUGCAAUGGCACGUGAUUGUUCAUUAA